GUUGCAGUGGCCACGUGGUUCCCUUAGCUAAAAUGGCGGCAGCAGUCAGCCCGACGUCUCUGGAGUCGGCUCCGCGAAUCAUGCGGCUGGUGGCGGAGUGCAGCCGAUCCAGGGCCCGGGCAGGGGAGCUACGGCUGCCGCACGGGCCGGUAGCCACUCCCGUGUUCAUGCCAGUGGGCACGCAGGCCACUAUGAAGGGCAUCACGGCCGAGCAGCUGGACGCUCUGGGCUGCCGCAUCUGCCUGGGCAACACCUAUCAUCUGGGUCUGAGGCCGGGCCCCGAGCUGAUCCAGAAAGCCCACGGUCUCCACGGCUUCAUGAACUGGCCCCACAAUCUACUGACGGACAGCGGCGGCUUCCAGAUGGUGUCUCUAGUGUCCCUUUCCGAGGUGACGGAGGAGGGCGUCCGCUUCCGUUCCCCUUACGAUGGCGAUGAGACCCUUCUGAGCCCGGAGAAGUCCGUGGAGAUCCAGAACGCUUUAGGCUCGGACAUCAUCAUGCAACUAGAUGAUGUGGUCAGCAGCACUGUGACGGGGCCACGCGUGGAGGAGGCUAUGUACAGGUCCAUCCGCUGGCUGGACCGGUGCAUCGCAGCCCAUCAGCGACCAGACAAGCAAAACCUCUUUGCCAUCAUCCAGGGUGGGCUAGACGCGGAUCUCCGGACCACCUGCCUCGAAGAGAUGACCAAGAGGGACGUGCCGGGCUUCGCCAUCGGGGGCCUGAGCGGGGGCGAGAGCAAGGGCCAGUUCUGGAGGAUGGUGGCACUGAGCACCUCAAGGCUACCUAAGGACAAGCCGCGCUACCUGAUGGGGGUCGGCUAUGCCACCGAUCUGGUGGUCUGCGUGGCUCUUGGAUGUGACAUGUUCGACUGCGUCUUCCCCACGCGGACGGCGCGCUUUGGCUCAGCUUUGGUGCCCACCGGGAGCCUGCAGCUGAAGAAGAAGCAGUAUGAGAAGGACUUCCGGCCCAUAGACAACAACUGUGCCUGUCCCACCUGCCAGAAGCACAGCCGGGCCUUCCUGCACGCUCUGCUGCACAGCGACAACACGGCCGCCCUGCAUCACCUCACCGUCCACAAUAUUGCCUACCAGCUGCAGCUGAUGAGCGCCGUGAGGGCCAGCAUCGUGGAGAAGCGUUUCCCUGACUUCGUCCGGGACUUCAUGGGCACCAUGUAUGGGGACCCCACCCUCUGUCCCACCUGGGCCACUGAAGCCCUGGCCUCGGUGGGGAUCACUCUGAGUUGAUCUGGUUUGGGGGGCGGGAGGAGGGGGGG